CGUCUGCUUCAUUUCUUCACAAGUCGUAACCGUUCAAAUUCUCUCUUUCUCUCUCAAUUUUUUUAGUUUCCUACUAAAGCUUAGUAAUCGAAAAUGCGUGAGAUUCUUCACAUUCAAGGUGGUCAAUGUGGAAACCAGAUCGGAGCUAAGUUCUGGGAAGUAGUUUGCGCCGAGCACGGGAUCGAUUCGACGGGAAGAUACCAAGGAGAGAACGAUUUGCAACUCGAACGAGUCAAUGUCUACUACAACGAAGCAAGUUGCGGAAGAUUCGUCCCACGCGCCGUCCUCAUGGAUCUGGAGCCUGGUACUAUGGAUAGUGUCAGAUCCGGUCCGUACGGUCAGAUCUUCCGUCCUGAUAACUUCAUCUUUGGUCAAUCCGGUGCCGGUAACAAUUGGGCUAAAGGACAUUACACUGAAGGUGCUGAACUUAUCGAUUCCGUUCUCGAUGUUGUUCGUAAGGAAGCUGAGAAUUGUGACUGCUUACAAGGAUUCCAAGUAUGUCACUCAUUGGGAGGAGGAACUGGAUCUGGAAUGGGAACUUUGUUGAUAUCAAAGAUUAGGGAAGAGUAUCCAGAUAGGAUGAUGCUGACGUUUUCGGUGUUUCCAUCUCCGAAAGUGUCAGACACUGUUGUUGAGCCUUACAAUGCAACUCUCUCUGUUCAUCAGCUUGUGGAGAAUGCAGAUGAGUGUAUGGUUCUUGACAAUGAAGCUCUUUAUGAUAUUUGCUUCAGAACUCUUAAGCUCACCACUCCUAGCUUUGGAGACUUGAAUCAUCUCAUCUCUGCAACCAUGAGUGGUGUCACUUGCUGUCUCCGUUUCCCGGGUCAGCUUAACUCUGACCUGCGUAAGCUUGCAGUGAACUUAAUCCCAUUCCCUCGUCUCCACUUCUUCAUGGUUGGGUUUGCACCGCUCACAUCUCGUGGAUCACAGCAAUACAGAGCCUUAACUGUUCCUGAGCUCACCCAACAGAUGUGGGAUGCCAAGAACAUGAUGUGUGCAGCUGAUCCGCGUCACGGCAGGUACUUGACAGCCUCAGCCAUGUUUAGAGGCAAAAUGAGCACCAAAGAAGUUGACGAACAGAUGAUCAACGUUCAGAACAAGAACUCAUCUUACUUUGUGGAAUGGAUCCCGAACAACGUGAAAUCAACCGUGUGUGACAUUCCACCAACGGGUCUGAAAAUGGCUUCGACUUUCAUCGGGAACUCGACUUCGAUCCAGGAGAUGUUUAGGCGUGUGAGCGAACAGUUCACAGCGAUGUUCAGAAGAAAAGCUUUCUUGCAUUGGUACACAGGUGAAGGAAUGGACGAGAUGGAGUUCACAGAGGCAGAGAGCAACAUGAACGAUUUGGUAUCAGAGUACCAACAGUACCAAGACGCAACCGCUGAUGAGGAAGAAGGGUAUGAGUAUGAAGAAGACCAAGUGGAAGUGCAGGAGGAGCAAUAACAACAGCUUCUCUCUUUUUCUUAAGAUCUUUUUUUUUUUUGCUCGUUUGUGUGAGUUAGUGUCUUCUUAUUUCUCAUGUUGAUGGCUUGGUUUAUUUUUUUCUUUUCUGGUUAUGGUUUUCGUGUAUUGACAUUUGGCUAUGUGUGAUGGUGCUUUUAGGUUUAAGGCUUAGGAAAAUAUAUGUUUAUAUGUCUUUUCAUGUGAUUGGAUUUGAGAUAUUGUUUGUUAGGUUUUUCCCCCUAAACGUUAUUCCAUCUGUUUGCUAUACCAUAUUGUAUUAAAACUCUCUAGUACA